AUGAACGUAAACAAUUCUAAGAAAAUAUAAGGAAAUAACAAUGCUUAAUAAUUGUCGAUUUAAAACAUUACUAUUCUUAUGUUCAAAAUUUAGUCAGACUAAUCAUAAAAAAUAUUUAAAAUUUAUCAAAUAAGUCAAUAUUAUUUAAUACAAUGGGUUUUUUUAAUUAAUACUUCAAGUAAUUCAAACUUCUUCUAAGUACAAAUUUAAGGUAUCAUUACUUUUGAAAAUUUUGAUUAUAUAUUUAUACUCUAAAUUGCAUAAUUUGUACUUAAUGAUUAUGAAACUANUAAAGAAUAUUCAAAAUCUUUCACACAACCAUAUUUGCGUAAUUCAUUUUGAUAAUAUGUAAUUGUAGUGUUUACAGACAAAAAAAUAGGAUUAUCUUUGGUUCUCCCAAUUGUCGACGAAAAUCUAGAAUUAAUUGGUGGAGUGGGAACCAAUUUUUUGGGAGCAGAAAUUGUUUAAAUUCUUAAAUCAUAAGAAUUUGGAUUUUAAGUCUUCUAUCUUGUAUCAACCUCUGGGAUCAUGAUUAUGCACCCGUAUCAAGUAGGUGUCGAUUAACUGCCCCUCUACAUUUACAAUUAAUCUAUCACAGGAUUCAACCAAAGUGAUUGGGUAAGGAUGAACACGCAAUCAUAAAAUGAUACGUCCACUUGUCCAUAUCUGAGCAAACAUUCAUCUUCUUUGAAUUGCCUCUAUAAUAGUCUUUAUGAAUAAGAAAUGAUAAUCGGAAUCUAAGAAAUUCCUGAAUAUUCAAUGAAAUUAAUUAUGUAAAACAUAUCUUGCUAUCUCUAGGUUGUUGAGUAGUAAGGAGUAUUUCUAGUUUUACUCACACUUCCAAGAAGAACUUUAAUAAAACCUAUUAACUUAAGUGGGACUUCAUCUUUUCAUCCUGUUAGCAUUGUUUCUUAUCAUCUGUUUGGCUCUGUACAUCUUUACCUAUACAUUAUUUUAUCCUAUUCAAUAGAUCUAAGCCAUAACCAUUAAUAGGAUACUCUCUAAAAGCAACAAGAAAUCUACAAUGCCAUUAUUUGCAAAUAAAUUUAUGAGCAAAUAAAUUAGUUUAUUGUUUAACUCCUAUUCAUUUGUGUAUGACCAGUUUGAAUAAUUGUCAUUUAAUAAAACAACAAUAUGCACAGAUCUUGAAAAUUACAAAUAUCCAAAAAGAAAAUGGUCUAUAAGAAAGCAAUUGCCAAAAAACACUAAUUUGGUCAACUAAAGUGAAAAGAAAAAACAAUAACAAAAUGAUGUAAUUGAAACAGAAACAAUUUCUAAGGAAAUGAUAUUCACAUUUCUAAAGCUCUCAAAAUAUUCUAUAUGA